AUGAAACUUGAGUUGGGAAAAAAAUGUUUGUUAGAACACUUUGAGUUUAAAGUAGAUAGAUCUUCUAAAACUCGGUACGAAGUGUCAUGUUUGGUGGACGGUUGCGUUUGGCUUUUUCGUGCAAUAAGUUUUGGGGAUAGUGGGGUGUUUUUUGUUAAGAGUUUUAACGAUAAACACACGUGCUCGAAGACGCUAACGUACCCACAUGUUCGCCAGGCAAACCCAAAGGUUGUUGCUCACUAUUUAAAAGAACCUUUAAAAGACAGUGGUAGAAUAUAUCGUUGUAAUGAAAUAGUGAAAGAUUUUAGACAAAGAUUCCAAGUUGAGAUAACCACUAGUCAAGCUUGGCGUGGAAAAAGUCUGGCACUAGAGCUUUUACAAGGAUCAAGCAGAGAUUCGUUUGCAGAACUACAAUUUUACUGUUACAAUCUAGAGCGGGCAAAUCCUGGUUCUGUUAUACAUAUCAAGACUGAUGACGAGCAUCGGUUUGAAAUGGUCUUUGUCGCGAUUGGUGCUGCGAUUUGUACCUUUAUCUGUAAUCUAAGACCGGUGGCGAUCAUUGAUGCUGCACACCUAAAGGGUGAAUUUAAAGGGACGUUUUUUUUAGCAGUCGGGAUGGAUGGAAACAUCCAAAUUUUACCAAUUUCAUAUGGAAUAGGAAAAUCAGAGGAUGGUGAAUCGUGGACAUGGUUUCUGUCAAAGCUUAAAGAAUGUAUCGGUGAAGUACCUGAAAUUGCGAUAAUAUCGGAUAGAGCGAAUUCUAUACACCUAGCUGUUAGAAACGUCUUUCCACAUGUUUAUCACGGGUUAUGCUGUCGUCAUUUAAUGAUGAACCUACGUUUACCCUCUGAUAAAAAAAAAGAAAAUGAGAAGCUGUGGUGGAAGACAUGCAAAUCGUACCGAUUGUCUGAUUUUAACGAGUCAUUCAAUGCUCUUUGUCUUGCCGUUCCUAGAGUACGCCACACUCUAACAAGUAUUGGGUUCGGUAGAUGGGCAAGGGCGCAUUGUCCAGGCAAUCGAUAUCAUUAUAUGACAUCUAACAGCGCGGAUUCUAUUAACGCUUUAUCUAGACACUCGCGUAAAAUGCCGGUAACGCAACUCUUAGAGUUCUUCCAGCAGUCUGUAUAG